GCAGGCAUAAGGGUUCAACUAGUUAAAUAACUUUGAGUUGAUUAUUACUAUUAGACUUUUCAGAGUUCUCGCAAUGGCUGAACAGAAUAAAUAUUUUUGUUUAGACAACCUAGACAAGUUGAUUGCUAAAUCUCCAGAUAAAUAUUUUACCGUUGACGAAAAACGCUUUCUUCUUUCAUAUAGAGAUAAAGCUAAUAACAUUAGAGAUACUACUUUUAAUGGCAUAUUUCAUCAUAUGUAUUUCAAUGUCCUAGGUUGUGGAGGUGAGACCAUUGAUAUAGUCCUAAAGGUGAUUAAGGAACUUAAAUUGGAUCUCUGGACUAUGUUCAAGAACAAACUUCCGUUAGACAACCUCGGCAUUUCUCACGGUUGUCUCAUGGUCAAUCACAAAGCAUUCCUCAGAAUAACAGAAGCAGGAGCCUCUAACGAAAUAUUACUAGAAGACUUUUAUUCUUGCCUCAACUUUAAAUUGUAUUUGGAUGAUGAAGGCUACCUUACGUGGGACAAAAAUUGGAAUGGUAUGUCUAGAAAUCCUCUCAACUUCCGUGCGAUUCAGCUUCUGGAUCUUUAUGUUCAGUUCUCUUUUGACGAUAAAUCUGCAGAUCUCGAAAUGGCCGUGCGAGUACUCUGGAGCUCUAUUCCAGAUGCCCUUCUGACCAAAACCGAUAUUUUCAGACUUUUUGAGGGAAUCAAUCCUAAAUGCUAUCAGAAGAUAAAUGACGUAUGGCAAUGGUACUGCAAUCUAGUGAAUUAUGAGGAAACUUCUGAUAAGCGUCCAAGAUCUCUGAAGCACCUUUCAAGAUGCAUCAUCAGAAACAGAUUAAGAGAAAACUUUAAGUUGCCCGAAGGAGUGGAAGAACUGGGCGUUCCCAAACAUGCCCAGAAGUAUUUACUUCUGAAAGAUUUCUACAGAAUAGAUUGAAUACUUUGACUUGGAAUCAUUUAUUCGAAGUAUUUCAUGAAAGAUAUUAAGAAUUAAUCUCGUAAGGAUUUGAAUCCAUAUGUUAUUGUUUCCUAUGAACACACUCUUUGUGCUAUUAGCGUCACUGUUAAACAUGAAAAUUUUUUUCUUUAUAUUAAUAAACAGUGUACGAUUGAUUUUUGUUUGCGACUUUUAAAUAAAUUUUUCUUAUUGAUUGCUUUU